AUGGAAAACCAUCUCCUCACUCAGAGUAUCAUCAACGAAACCAACGCCCCAAAUAUCCUUGGAUGUGCCGGGCUUUGCUUGCGUUUCCCCUGCUGUCGUUCGGUGAAUUACAACGGCGAGACCAAGCGGUGCUUGCUCAGUAACGAUACGGGGGUCGAAGUGACUUCUGGACGGGUGGAUAUCAUCGAUGGCUGGAUGCUACUAAUGCCAAAGCAACCCAUAGGCCAGUGUGUGGAUAUGCCAUGCCAAAAUGGCGCCAACUGUAAUGCAGUCUGCGUUGACGGAACAGACAUGUUCACGUGUGACUGCUUGGCCGGUACGCUAGGAGUACGAUGUCAUAUAACUGAUGAGUGCAACAUAGCGAUUGGAAUGGAGUCUAUGCAAAUCCCAGACGCCCUGAUAAGCGCCUCAUCUUUUGAAGACACCGACCAUGCAGCGCAUAAAGCUAGACUCCACCUUCCAGCCGUAAGUUGGACGGCCGAGUCAACAGAUACGACUCCCUGGCUCAAAGUGGACCUGCUGAGGCUGACCGACGUUACGGGUGUGGCUAUUCAGGGAUCUGGCCAAAGUAACCAAGGUUGGGUCACUAAAUUUACAAUCUCAUUCCUUGACGAAAGUGAUGGUGAAACCGAAGUGGUUUAUACAGAAUCUUCAGGAGAAGAACAGACCUUUGACGGAAAUAUAGAUGUUUCAGGUGAAGAGAAGUACCAUCUCUAUCCGAUCAUUCAAACGCGAAGCCUAACUUUUCAUUUUUUGGAAUGGAAUGAAAAAUGCAGUGCAAGAGUUGAGAUAUACGGAUGCAGUGAUGAAGAGUGGAUUCUGGCUUUCAAAGGCAGAGCUGAAACUGGUUACGAUAUUUAUGAUGCGUGGGUGAGCCCCGAUGACGACUUGACUCAAAUCUGGGCAGAUCGGGAGUUGCAAAGACCGCAUCAUUACAGGAACAACGCUGUAUUCAACAAAUGGAGUCAGUUGCCGAUCACUGAGGUUAAAUUUUCAUUGUUCGCCGUCGAACCAGCCAUUGUUGAACUUCUCAAGAUGAAAUUCCAAGGGGAGGGUUCUGACUAUAAGAGUUGGUUUAAAACAUCUACAAUCCUUGAAUCACCAUGGUCAGAUCUCACUGCUGGCAGCACGGUUUACAUUGGCUCUAUGGAAGGCAGUGAUGUAACCAUCGGUAAACGACGUUUCCAAUUUGAGUCGUGCGUAUACAGUGGCUGCUACAACGACUGUGGUUGGCUAGUAGUACCUACCUGUGGGUCCCCAUGCACAUGUGCCUUCGAGGCAGAGCUUUCUGGGAGAAACACUGCUUCAAAGAUAAUCUAUUGCAAGAAGACUUCAAGUUGUCGCUGGAUUGAUGACUUUGCAGAAGUUGGUUUUGCCGAUGCUCUGACUAUUCACGUCAAGUUCUGAGACUUUAUCAAGCUGGUGAUAAUUUAACGCAUUAUUCAUAUUAAUUUUUUAUACUAUCGGUUUUCUGGGUCAAUUUCGGUAAAUGAGCAGCCAAUUUAACCACCACGCUAUUCUUUUUCGCAAGAAAUCGAAUGCUACUGAAAAGGGUAAUUCAAUUUCAUUUUAAGACUAGUCAAAUAUACUGUUGCCUCAUUUGAUUUAACAAAACAUUCAUUCAAUUUAACGAUUCAUCGAAGCUGCAUUCAAAUCCGCAGGAGUUUUUUGAGGCGUGUGUUUAGUCAUUCAAUUGAAUUUUUGGGCGGUCAAUUCCGGAAUGUGUGCAAUCUAAAAAACGCUUGGUUAACUUUUUGUUUCCUUCUGAAUAUUAAAGGCAUUCAGUUCAUCUUUGGGCACUUGAAUGAACAGGUUGACUACUUUGGUCGACCAAUUGGAACCAGCUGCGAUGCCCAUGGUUUCUUCACUGGUCCUAACAGCAUGUUCCAUUCUAACAUGUGUAAAGCACAGAGGAGAACCAUGGGCGACACUAUAGCGAAAACGCGGAAGGUUGACUAGGCGUCGUUCGAGUGAGUGCGUUACUGCACAUGUAAUAAUAUAAUAU